AAGCCUGGAUUCCUGCAGCUUCUGAUCGAGUUUGUGAGGCUCAUUUUGUUCAUGGUGUCCCAAACCGCGAUCCACAGCACCCAGACUAUGUUCCUCACAUCAAAAUGGGCUAUUCUGGAUCGCAAAACUUAAAAGCAAAAGAAAAGGCUGUUCAGCGAUACGAACGGAGGAUCAAGAGGCAACGCCUUCCAUCCGCAAUGCCUUCCACUUCUACUUCCGCUACGGUUCCGGACCUGGGUGAUCAUGAUGUUAGCAUGGACUGUGAAGUGAUCGUCAGUGUUGACCCCGAUCCCACUUCUGCUGACAACGAAAUGACCACAGAAACUAGCGCCAGUUGCUCUGACCAGGCAGCGAAAAAAGAGCAGCUCGAGGCAGAGACCAAGAGACUGGCAGAAGAACUUCUGGCACAGCAACGAGCAGCUGUGUACUACAAUGAGAAGAGCACGAAACUUCAAGAAGCUCUAAAUAAAGAAGAAUUCACUGUAAACAAUCUGAGCGAAAAACAACUCAAGUAUUACACAGGACUCAGAAGUCGGAAACUAUUUGAUUGGAUAGUUAAAGUGGUGUCUGCUCGUCAACUGCCCUACUUCUGUGAGAAAUUGAGCAUCACAGACAAGGUCCUUCUUCUUUUAAUGAAGCUGAGGCUGGGACUGCAGAACAAGGACCUAGCAUACAGGUUCAAGAUAAGUGCUGACCAAGUAACAAAGAUAGUGAACAUCGGAAGCUCUGUAAUGGCUGAUGCCCUGAAGUUCCUGAUAGUGUGGCCAGAAAAAGGGGCGAUAAUAAGAAACCUGCCUAAAGCUUUUAAGAAAACUAGAAGAUACAAAAAGACUUGUGUCAUAAUUGACUGCAGUGAGAUCUUCAUACAGCGGCCAUCUAAUUUACUAGCUCGAAAUAUUACAUACUCCACAUACAAACAUCACAACACGUUGAAGCUGUUGGUGGGAAUUACUCCAACAGGAGCAGUUUGCUUUCUGUCCAAGUGCUGGGGUGGCCGGGUAUCAGACAAGGAGCUGACAAUCAACAGUGGAUUCCUGGAACAGCUGGAGCAUGGGGACCAGGUUAUGGCAGAUCGAGGAUUCCUCAUUCGAGAAGAACUUCUCUGCAGAGGAGCAAGCCUCGUCAUCCCUGCAUUCACAAAGGGCAAAAAUCAGCUUAGCCACAAGGAAGUCAUCGACUCAAGGAAAACUGCCAAUGUCAGAAUUCACGUAAGUUGAAACUGUUACUCUACAUUCAAUUUAUAGUCAAAAAAGUUUCCUGUUUUAUGAAUACUUAUUUCCAAAACAUUUGACUUGAGGGGGAUAAAAAGAGAAUAACUAAAAUGUAUUUAAGAUGUCUUCUAUUAACUUUUGUAAUAUUCAGUCUAGAUUUAUAAACCUAUGAUCUGAAGAAUACAAACUAGGCUUCAAACUUACACAAACAAACGCUUGCAAUUAUAACCAGCAAUUAUUUUAAGAACAU